CCUUGGAGUUUCAGAACCGAUAUAGAUGUAUACAUACAUACACUGUAGUUUGAUGUGUAAAGGCAUUAUCUAGUGGUUCCCUCUCAAAGGAGUCUGGAGUAUCUGAGAGCACGGUCACGUGGCAGGAUGGGGCGACGGAAGAUCACAACGAAAAAACUCGGACAGGGUCAAACGGUGGUUGUGGUCGAUAUGGAUUCAAGACCAUGUGAAAAGUGUUAUCCGUUAUUCAACUGGAUAAAGUCAGUUCGCUUUGGAAUAAUAAAACGCUUCACAUUGUUCAUCUGUCUUUUCGCCCUGAGCCAUGGAGUAACCUUUACAUAUCUAGUAUCACAGGUUACAACCUUAGAAAAGCAAUUUGGUUUCUCUAGCAGGCAGUCGGGCCUGAUACUGAGUAGUUACGACUGGGGGUUCAUGAUGACAGCUAUAUUUGUGGGCCACUACGCACAUCGCCUACACAGACCACGCAUUAUAGCCGCUUCUGCAUUCAUUGUUGGCAUUGCAACAAUGCUUCUUAGCCUGGGACAUUUCAUGUUCAAAGAAGACCUGACUGAUCACACUCCGGCAACCGAUAGUUAUAUGAUCAAUGCGAACACGACCGUGGCUUAUGGUAGCAAUGAAACAAUCUCACUGUGCUCGGUGGAAAAUAUUUCUAAUUCAACUACAGUGUGCAUGACGUCGUCUCUGUUGCAGAACCAGGCAGCAUUUGCAGUUCUGGUGUUAUGCCUGGCGAUAGCUGGCGCUGGUCCGACGGCCAUAUGGACACUCGGGAUGUCUUAUUUAGAUGAUAAUGCUGAGAAAGAGAAAGCGUCCUUGUAUAUAGGCAUUACAUUUGGUGUCCGUAUGGUGGCGCCAGUAGUCGGAUUCUUUAUCGGAUCGAUUGCAUCAGCAUAUCCCGUCAGCUCUCGAGCUGCAGGUUUCUCUCCUCAGUCACCGAGCUGGGUGGGUGCAUGGUGGGUUGGUUUCCUCGCCAGUGGCGCACUCUCAGUUCUAUGCACCAUUCCUCUAUUACUUGUUCCAAAGGAGAUUAUUCCAGAGUAUUUGGAGACGCGGGAAAGAAUCACAAGACUCAUGACGAGAUCACAGAAGGUUAGCAUGAAGGGCAUGCCAUCCGUUAUCUGGCGACUCCUAAAGAACCCAGUUUACAUGCCCCUAGCUCUUGCAUCUGCGUUCCAAGUAGCUAGCGCUCAUGGCUACUCAAUAUUUCUACCAAAGUAUAUACAAACCCAGUUCCACGUUUGUGAAUCUGUUUCCAAUGCAAUUGUAGGUAUCACCAUGCCAUUCGCCUCUGUAGUUGGGUGUAUCGUAGGCCGCAACUUUACUUCCCGGUUGAAGCAAUCGAUCAACCAGAUGUGUCUCCUUUCUCUAAUGAUGACCGUGAUGGCCAUCCUACUGUUUCCAGUUCUACUUCUAUUCCAAUGUCCAUUAACACACAUGGGGGACUUUGAAAGUUUUAAUGGUUUAUUGGUCAGUAACUGUUUAUCGCCAUGUGCCUGCUCUUCUAAUGACUACCAGCCGGUGUGUGGAGAUGAUAAAGUUAACUACUUCUCGCCUUGCCUUGCCGGGUGCACGCAUCAGCAACAGAGUAUGGGUAAUAUUAUGUACACCAACUGCAGCUGUGUAGGAACCAAAACAAAACAAGCCGUCGACGGGUCAUGUGACAGCAAAUGCUUGAUGCUGAUUGGCUACAUCCUAAUAUUGUUUGUGGCUGUAUUUGUGACGUCAUUAGCCCAGAUGCCAUGGGUCAUUCUAUCAAUGAGGUGUGUCCCGGAAGAUGACAAGUCCUUAAGCCUUGGAUUCAUCACACUAUUAAUCAGCUUCAUAGCCAUUCCUAUCCCGAUUAUUUACGGUUUCUUCAUUGACAAAUCAUGUGUCAUCUUCAAGCCACGUGACGCCUCCAUGCCAGACGACCAAGCGACCAACUGCCUCCAUUACGACGCGGACUCUUUUCGCCUCAACUUCCAUCUGGUGACAUUCGGCCUUUCGUGUGUUCAGCCAGUAUUUCUAUUUGUCUCUUGGUUCAACGCCAGAGAGAUAAUUUACCCCAGUAACCAGACGGUAGAUAAACAAUCAAUGGCGCGAAUUGUCAGGUCUUCAAGUGACGCGCCUUCAUAUAAGGAGAGUUACUCCGUCACGUCAAUGUGAGGUCACGUCGUCACCCAAAUGUGUGAUAUCCUAGUUUGCUCCUCAACCAAAAUAACAUGAGGCUGGAAACGAUGAAAAUGUAACCGUGACAAGCAUGCAGCCAGAGACAAGAUGGAGUGAUGCAUGCCUCGUUUCUUUCAUGGACUUCUACAAGUUAACCACGUGAGAGCAAAUAUUUUGUACUUUGUGGUAUAUAUUUAAAUGUAAAUUUCUUUCUUUAUUUCAUUCAUGAUUGUAUGUGAACAUUUGAGUGCUGGGAGAUACGCAUACUAGUAGGUACCACGUAUCUGUCAUAAUCAGCGGAGUUGGAAUAUCUUUCCGCUAUAGGCUAUACAUGAACCAAAAGGAAUAAAUAGUUAGUGCCUCGAUUGUGUUCUCAGUCAGAACUUCUUGGCCCAAUUUACGCGCAAACCACUGAUUACUAAGUACCCAUUUUGCCAAGGAGAUAGUUUUAUACGCAAGCAACAACACAAGGUCCGAGUCUGAAGACAAUUGGUUGGUUUAAUUUGUCUCUUUGAUAUGACCCCUUUGUAUUGCAUUAGAUUUUCAUUGCGAUUCAAUCUUUCGGCGCAUGCAAUUCAAGGUUUAGCCCAUUUCAACCUGCCUGCACCACUGGUAUAAUGCUAGUGGAUAUAAAUACUGCUUUCCUUCAAGGUGAUUGUCUUGAGAGAGAUAUCUAUUUGAAAGCCCCAAAAGAAGCCAAUGUUUAAGGAAAUGUUUGGAUGUUGAAAAAGUGUGUAUACAGACUGAAUGAUAAAAAAGAUAAUCCUAGCAAAAUGGGUUAAUAUUUUCAAACCAUACAUUAUAUAGCUUUUGACAUUGGAGCACAGUAAAGUAGAAGUAGUAGACGUCUAUGUAGUCGCGCAUGACUGAGCACCAUGGUUUUUAAAAUGACAGGCAGAAAUGAACUUGUUCCAAGUUGGGAAAUUCCAUGCAGUUGUCGUCACACAUGGUUCAUUGAUUUAAGAGUUAAAGACCGACCAUAAUAUGGUCCCAAACACCGGGUGGAAACCAAUUACCUAUGUCCAGCCCACAUGCUACAUCAGGCCGCUUGUCUGAGCAACAGCCAGAUGAGGUUAAUUAGGUUUGACACUGAAGUGUGAUAAAGGGUAAACAAUCUCAAUAGGUUGUUAGUUCAGCAUACCUCGGUGAUUUACCAAAAUUAUAUUCAAGAACUUUGGUCUAUUCUGAUUCCCAAUUUUAUAUGGUUUGAUCAUUUUAUUCAUUAUAAAAAGUUUUAAAGAAAAAGUAUUUAAGUUUCUUUUGCUUGACCGGGACAUCAUGCCAAAUUGUGUAAUUGACCUUGUGAGAGGGUGGUAUCCCAACCCUGAUAAGACCCCCUACAUGGGACACAAAUGGGAAUAAUAUUUUAUUGGAUCAUAUUCUCAUCAUCGAACUAUAAUACUCUUUAUACGCUAAGACAUUUUGUGAACAGUGUUUCAGUGAAGCCAAAGUCUUGGAUUUUAAAAAGUGCCUAAGUAGUUUAUAGCUACUUCUUGCAUUGCUGGAUUAUAAAUUCACCAUGGAUAAUUCUUGUGAAAUGGCUAUUAGUUCGCCAAUCAAUUCAAUGUAGAAGGUAACCGAUACAAUUUACAUGAAUACUUUUCUAACUUUCUCAUUUCAAUUUCUUAUAUAUAGUAUUUCACAAAAAUGCACAAAAUAUGAUUUAUCCAAUUGUACGUGAUGAGUACAAUAGAAUUUAAAAAAGGAGAAAAAGGAUAAUUUAGAUAUUUAUAUUUUAAUAUACUAUGAACAAACUAGUACAUGCAUGUGUGCAUAGUAAAAAUGCACAGCAUACAUGUACAUAAAAAAGGGAUGCUGUGUGUAGACUACACAAGGUACAACAUGUAGUGCAUUUACUGGGGGAGGUGACAAUAAGUUGACUGAUUAAAAAGUUUAGAAAAAGUAGUUGUAAUUACCCUAUAAUUUAAUUGACUCUUAGAAUCCCUGUGGCAUACUUGUAGUAAGUACCACAGGGAGUUCUGGUUGUAAAUUUGAUGUGGAAAUGGGGAUAUUUUUGGUUUUUGUAAUAGACAAUUUUGGAAAUGUGUAAUUUAAGAUGGCUCCAGUCUGCAACUGAAGUCAAGAGAUGGCAGCACUAGAAAGUUUAGGAAUAGGGAUCAUAGGUGUGAGCACAUGUAGUGAAGCAUAAAUAAUAGAGAGGUUUAGACAGAUUGACCAGUCAGCAACAUUGCCACCCCCCCCCCCCCCCCCCGACAGAGUCAAAAACUUCAAUAUAACUAGGUGCAGCAAAAAGUUGAGUGUAAGAUCAAAUAGCUUGGCACAAGAUCUUUUAACUUUAAGUAAGAAUUAACUCAAUAAUUAGAAAAAUUAAGCAGGCCAUUCUAAAUGGACUGAAGUACUGAAAGUACAAAAAAGUGUCAACACCAUAAUAUAUGGAGUGGACUAUUGAUAUAUAGAUAUAGAUAGAAUAUUUCUCAAAGAAACAUUCUUUGUAAAGUUUGCCAUGAGGCAGUUAAAGAUAAAUUACUUCAAUGAAGCUCAUGAGAGAAAAUGAUUUGUCUCCAGUUAAAGCUGGACUUGGUCAAAGCUCGAAGUUCAUGCAUGAUUUCUGUUAAACCCAUAUAAAUAAAGGCCUGAGAUUGGCAAGAGUUUGAUAAGUAGUUUUAAAGACUGGCAGUACAAAGCCGGGAAAAUGUCUGAAAUCAACCACGCUAUGGUUUGAUAUGGGUGUAACAAGAAUCAUGAAUGAAUUAACUAUUUAGUAUCAAUGUCCUUGGAUGUUUUCAACAACCUGUCACUACAGGUAAAUUCCGUCUUCGUGAAAAGUUCUGAUAUUUGCAUAAGCAUGAAUACUUCCGAGAUUGAAUCAUCCAGAAUAGUUUGCGAGAAUGAAGCAAAAAUUCACUAUUCAAGCGUUACACUGAGCCCAAGACUGAUCAUAGAAUUUUUGUGUAAAAUGAAAGUAUUUGUCGACAAUUUUGUAAUUUUAAUAAAAAGUUAAGUACGGUACCAGUACUUAAACUAUGUCGAUCAUAGGGCCUGGAAUAACGCUCAAAUAAAG